AAGAAAUACAGAUAGAAAGAUUGUAUGUGUAUAAUAAGAGCUUGCAAGGACUCAGCAUCACUUUGCAAUCAGUGCGGGAAUGGACCGGCGUCGUAACGCCUCAUCAUGGUUGCGUCAAAGCUCUAAAAACGUGAAAAAGAAGAAAGUUCAUUCACAAAAAUGUAGUCCGUAAUAAUUAAAAGUGAUAUUUAUAAAAUCACAAAAGUCUUCCAUUAGAAUUAAUUAUUUAUUAAGAAUCAGAAGUAAAAUAAAAAUUAAAUUAAAAUAAUUGAAUUUAAAAGCUACGUAAUAAAUUAAGUCAAGUUAAAUCUAAUAAAUUUAAAAAAACGAAUAAGAGUUAUUGUGAGCUAAGAAAAUUUAUUGAUAAAAUAUGUGCAACGAUAAAUCUUUUCCAAGUUAUAGUGAUACUUGGUUUAUUGAGUACUUAAUUAUCUAUUGAGGUUAAUAAAAAAAAUUAGACCAAAGAAUUUAUGUUGGUGUGCCUAAUCCAACGUCUUCCAUACGAAAAUUUAUAUAAAAAACUUUGAACUAUAUUUCUUAAUUUUCUAUGAAAAUACUUUUUUAAAAGUAAAAAACGAAUUUUUAUGUCGAUUAAUUGUUUAAAAGAAAAUAAAUAAUAGAUAAAUAAGUGUUUUAUAAAGAAGAGAAGUGUUUUCCGGUUGAUGAAAGGGUAAAAACAGCAUAUGCAAGGAAGUUAUUAAAUCGUUGACAAUUCUAAUUGAAGAAACAAUUAACCGAGAACAAAAGAAAAUCAUUAAGUGAACAAAAAGAGGCAAUAUAUUAAGAAGUUAAUACAUUUUCAAGCUUGUAUUAUCAUUAUUUUUAUUGUUGAUUAUUUAUCAUCAAUGACUAUGACUACGAUCGCGGCAAAAACUCCUCGAGGACGAGGUCCUGUUGAUGGCCGUGCUUUUUUUGAACGACUCUGGAGAGGAAAUUUUUUUUUGGAUCGUCAAAAAGUUAAACGUACACGCAAAAGAAAAUUAAACUCUGCUAAUGGAAAAAAACGAAUUCAACAGAUUCAAUCAAAGCAUUGUUGUUGUUGUCAAAGAAUUCAAUUACAUUUACUGGCUGGACAACAAAACAGCGUGAGAUCUGUUGUUAGUGUAAGAGAGACACAUCAAGUAGCUGAAGCACAACAGGAAAAGAAUGCAAAGUUACGUGAAGCUUUUGGAAUCUCCGAGUUCUUCGUAGAAGGCAGCAGUUUAGAUCCAGAACGCCAUGCUCGUGAAGCUGAGGCAAGAGCAGCUGCCAAUAAAGUUUAUGAGUUGGUGCACAGUCCGAGUCCUCCAGCAGAACCGGAACCAACGACUGAAAAAAAAUUGAAACGGAAGAGAUCCGGAAGUAGCAGCAAAAAGAAGAAGGGAAAGAAACACAAGAAGGACAGAUCCGAGUCUCCAAAAAGUAAGAAGAAGGAAAAAUCUAAGAAAAAAAAGAAAGAAAAGAAACAUAAAAAAGUCGAAAGUUCGUCUGAUAGUGAUUCUAGUGAUGAUUCUGACGAUAGCAGUUCAACGGAAGCAGAGUCGAAAAAGAAGAAAAAGAAAAAGAAGAAAAAAUCUAAGAAUGAUGGAAAAAACAAAAGCGAGAAGAAGAAAGCGGCUUCGAAACGUAAACGACAAUCUUCUGAAAGCUCUACCGACUCCUCUCCUGAACGACCCAAGAAAACUUCAAAACAUGAAAAAGUGCCAGAAAAAACUGUAGUUCCAGAAAUUAUUGUACGUGAAUCACGGCAGCCACGAUCUCCGAAACGACAUGAAAAAUCUCAUGGUGAAACACCGCCAUUAAAGCAAAAAGAUUCACAAGUUAAACAAUCAGUACAAGAUAAAAGAGAAAGAUCGCCAGUCAAGGAUCGGACCCCUCAGUUAAUUAGUGCACCUCCAAAGCGAUAUGAAAGACGAUCAGUAUCUAGAAAUCGUGGUGAACGACUCAGAUCACCAAGGAGGUAUUCACGACCUCGUAGAUCACCAUCACCAAGAAAAAGGCGUUUUUCAAGAUCUCCAAGAAGAAAUAGUAGAUACUCUAGAUCACGAAGCAGAAGUAGAUCAAGGUAUGAUCGAUAUAGAGGUGGAUCACGACGAAGACCAUCUCCAUUCCGUCGAAGAAGAUCUCGUUCACGAAGAAGAUCACCUAGGAGACCAAGGCAUCACCCAGAAAGAUCCAGAGAUCGACGGAGAUCUCGUACUAAAUCUCGAAGUCGUUCAAGACGAUCAACUUUAAGUUAUUCUCCAAUUAGAAGAAAUCCCGAGCGCUACAGAGAUAUAUUAGACGAAAAAAGGAGAGAAUUAAGGAAAACCAAUGAAGAAAAAAGAAAAGCAAAGUCAAGAUCCAGAUCACGAGGUAAAAAACCUAAGAUAGUUGUUCCGAGAGUAAGUUUGAGAUCUUCAAGUGAAGAUGAAACUGAAGUUGCUGAUGAUGAGCCAAAGCAAGAAGAUGAAGAAAAGCAAAAAGAAAUGAAUACUUUAAAACGUCUUCAGAGUGGUUUAGCAGCGAAGGCUCGUGAGACUUUAGGUAAAAAAGUGAUUAGCCCAAUUAAAAUUAAAAUUGAAAACAAAGAGGAAAAUAUUUCUGAUAUUGCUUUACCUGAAGAUCCUCCUAAAAGUUUUCAACCAAUCAUUCAACCAAUUAUCACACCUGAAAAAUCCAAAUCUGUAUCACCAGUACAAAUAAACGCUACACGAUCAGUUGAAUCUAGCCGAUCUCCAUCACCAGCAUUACCUUUAACAAGAGAAGAGGCUGCUAAUUCACCAAUUAAAAUUCAAUUAAAACCAUCAACUCCACCAACUCUCCUCGUUACUAAAGAAAAUAUCAAACUACGAUCUCCUUCAGAGUCUCCACCACUUUCAAAUAAAAUUUUUCAACCAUCUCGGUCUCCAAGCACUCCAAAACGUAGCCCUGUUGUUAAGAAAAAAUCUUAUUCACGAUCACGUUCAAGAUCUAGAUCAUAUUCUCGAUCUGUUUCAAAAGAAAAAGAAGCUUCAAGAUCUCCUAGACAUCGAUCGUCUUCAAGAGAACACAGAUCUUUAUCACGUUCAAGAGAUGAAAAAUCAGUUUCACCUGUAAAAAGAUCUAGAUCAGUAUCAAGAACCAAACAAUCACCUUCGCCAGCUCGGUCUAAAAAAUCACAGAGAUCACGAGGAUCAAGAUCAUCUUCCAGAUCCAAAUCACCAUCUCGUUCACGAUCACGAUCUAAGAAAACACAUUCAAGAUCACCAAAGAAAGUAAGAUCUAGAAGUAGAUCAACCUCGCUGUCUAAACGAUCAAGGAGUCGAUCUUUGUCAAAAAAAUCUCGUAGUAGAUCAAGAUCUGCUUCUAGGGCGUCCAGAGAUAAAUUGAAAAGGAGUCGAAGCCGUAGCAGCUCUCGUUCAUCCAGAAGUUCAACAAGAGGUAGCAGAAGAAGUUUCUCUAGCUCAUCUCGAUCCUCCAGCAGUGCGUCUAGUCGAUCUUCACGUUCUUCUUCGAGCAGUUCAGGUUCAAGUAGAUCACGUUCACCAUCAAUACCACGACGUCAUGGUUCUCCUAGUUUUUUAGAUAGACGGAGAAUAACCAGUGCUAGAAAACGACCAAUUCCAUAUCAUCGGCCAACACCAUCACCACCAUCAUCACCAAGCAGCAGUGAGAGUAGUAGACAAAGUGACUGGUCAAGUCCAAGUAGACGAUCAAGUCAUUCACCAACUCGAAGUCCAUCUUACACCCAUUAGGUUGAUGUGAUGUGCAAAAUUUUCAUUCAAAUAAUGAGUUGAAAUUUAUUUUAACUCAAUUGAAUGUUAAUAGCUCAAAAAUGAGAAUUUUUAUUAGGUAGCUUUACAAACGU